AUGGGGAUCAGCAGGACUGAAGUUAAUUUGCUAAGGUUGCUUGAUUCGGCUCCGCGGCAGCGGAACCAGGCUAAGCUCAUCCAUUAUAUCACCACAUCCCAGGGACUGUUAGAGCAGCUGGCAGCAGAAACUACAGAAGGGAUGUCAAGUGUUUCAAAAGCAAAACUGAAUGAGUAUUCAGACAAGAUUGAAGAACUUGCUGCAAUGCUUGCUCCUGAAGUGCCAGAUGAUGCAAAAGCAGUUAAUGAAAUCAAAGGACACAGUCCUAAAGGGCACGACGUUGGAAGUCCAACUGUCUUAUCCUCAGGAUUAAGGAGGAGAUUGAUUGGUUCUCAAGUGGAGGCUGAACAAAUCGUCAGUGAGAAAGAAAGAGAUGCUGGAGCACCUAUUAGGUUGGAUGCAGCAGCUCAGGCUCGAAUUGACAAACAUAGACUGCUGCAAGAAGGUUUGAUUGAUGAAAUGGUUGAAUUAGCACACCAACUAAAUAAGAGCAGUCUUAUAAUGAACCGAUCUAUGCAGGAGAUGGAGAAGUUAGUUAUGACUGAUUUUGUGUCCUCACAAGAGCAGCACCCUCAUUGUGGGAACAAACUUGCACUUUACCCUUUGUCAAAGUUUAGAUACUCGAUUCAACAGAGACAGCUUUGGAGCAUAGCUUGGCAGGCAGCAGCCAUGCUAAUGCUCGUGCCGUGGAGCAUGCCAAUGCUGCUGGCUGGUGCAGCAUCCGAAGGUGACCUGCGGCCACGCCUACUGCGGUGA